ACUCCCAACAAAAGGAAGAUUCCAUUAUAUAAAUACAGAAAACAAUAAAUGAAUCCCAGCCGUGGAAAGCUUGUGGCGUUGUUGCGUAAAUAUUUUCGAUCAAAUAGACCAAGCAGGAUAGUGCCGAUAACAAAACAUCCCAAACGCCCUUGCCAUCUAUCACCUAAACUUACAAGAGUCUACGACAUAACGACUAUCCCACCAGAAACGUACAAGAAAUAUAUACAAGACUACCGUAGAGAAAAUUCCCAAUGACAUCUGAGCCGUUUAAAAUGAGAUGUAAUGAUUCUUUUGCUAUAGCUUUUCAUAUAUACUAACAUAGAUCCUGGACCCAAAUCACAUGGUUUAGACAAUU